AUGGAGAAGGCUACAUCUUCUUCGGCGACUGAUGUAGGGCAGAGUUCUACACAGACUUCUCCAAAAUCUGAAUCUCAAUCGGCUACUGAUGCCGAAACAUUUCCUGUUGUCUUAGAUGAUAUGGGAAUUGAGCCGAUUGUCAAGACUACAGUAGCUCUUAGAGGAGGAAGACGAAGUGAAACCUCGUCUACUCGUAUGCCCAGAGACGGUCAUGGAAAGAAAAUCGGGAGACAACGCCGAAUGUCCACCGGAGCGGUGAACAAGCCUCUUGAGGACACUGAAGCUUCUGAGUCGUCUGGGGGUCCUCAAGCAGCUUUUCAAGAUGACUCUUUAGGAUGGGAAGAUUGGCAGGAGUUCGUAACAUCCGGAGAUUAUGUUGGCACUGACGUCGUUGCAGACACUAAUGAAUUAUUGAAAUUGCUUGAUGCCUUGGAACCGUAUGUUCCUCGUAUGCUUUUUGAAAGCAGUCUUUACGAUCAUGACACUCAGUUGAGCAAAAUACCGACAAUUGACAGUUUAUUCGGGGCAGUGAUGAUCGCCGAUAUUACUGGAUUUACAACCUUGACAGAAAGAGCUCUUACUUCUAAGCGUGGAACUGAGCUUGUGGAGGAACUGCUUGUGGCCAUGAACAACUACUUCACGGAGGCAGGUGAGAUUGUUUCGAUGUUUGGAGGUGAUAUAAUCAAGGUACACGGGUCCUCUUUCAUCGCAUCAGUCGAUAAGAGUCCUCAGUAA